AUGACAGUUUGGCGGGCGGAGCGAUGGCAGUACGUGGCCGGAGCCAUGCGGCGAAAGAUCGAAGGCAGUUCGGGCGGGGAGAGCCGAUGCCAGUGCGCCAGUGCGGUGGCGGUGGCAGGGCGGUCUCAGUGCGGUGGCAGUGCGGCAAGGCGGUGGCGGUGGCAGGGCGGUCUCAGUGCGGUGGCAGUGCGGCAAGGCGGUGGCGGUGGCAGGGCGGUCUCAGUGCGGUGGCAGCGCGGCAGGUCGGUCUCAGUGCGGUGGCAGUGCGGCAAGGAGGUGGCAGGGAGGUGGCGGUGGCAAUGCGGCGGCAGGUCGAUGGCAGUUCGGCGGCAGAGCGAUGGAAGUGCGGUGGCGGUGGCAGUGUGGCGGCAGAUCGAUGGCAGCUCGGCGGCAGAGCGAUGGCAGUGCGGCAGGGCGGUGGCGGUGGCAGGGCGGUCUCAGUGUGGUGGCAGAGCGAUGGCAGGGCGGCAGGGCGGUGGCGGUGGCAGGGCGGUAUCAGUGCGGUGGCAGAGCGAUGACAGUGCGGCAGGGCGGUGGCGGUGGCAGGGCGGUCUCAGUGUGGUGGCGGUGCGGCAAGGCGGCAGGGCGGUGGCGGUGGCAAUGCGGCGGCAGGUCGAUGGCAGUUCGGCGGCAGAGCGAUGGCAGUGCGGUGGCGGUGGCAGUGCGGCGAAAGAUCGAUGGCAGUUCGGCGGGAGAGCGAUGGCAGUGCGGCAGGGCGGUGGCGGUGGCAGGGCGGUCUCAGUGCGGUGGCAGUGCGGCGGCAGGUCGAUGGCAGUUCGGCGGCAGAGCGAUGGCAGUGCGGUGGCGGUGGCAGUGCGGUGGCGGUGGCAGGGCGGCGGCCGAUCGAUGGCAGUGCGGCAGGGCGGUGGCGGUGGCAGGGCGGUCCCAGUGCGGUGGCAGUGCGGCGGCAGGUCGAUGGCAGUUCGGCGUCAGAGCGAUGACAGUGCGGCAGGGCGGUGGCGGUGGAAGGGCGGCAGACAGGGCGGUGGAAGGGCGGCGCCAGGGCGCGGUGGCAGGAUAAAGGCAUGAUGGUGGCAAGGCGGUGCACCGAAGGCGGUGUACAGUAGGUGGAAGCAGUUCGGUGCCCAAGAGGCAGCGAGCCGGAGUGCUUAAGAAUUAAUAAUGCAAUACAUGUGCAUUUAAUUGA